GAGGAGCCCGCCGGCAGGUGGAAUGGGGCAGUCAUGAACGGCGAUGCCCUCUGCCAGGAGCCCUCCUCGCCGCUCCCCGACUGGCGCGAGUUCUGCGAGCUGCACGCCCAGGCGGCCGCCGUCGACUUCGCCCAGAAGUUCUGCCAGUUCCUGAAGGAAAACCCCCACUACGACACCCCCGGCGCCGAGGCCUCGUUCUCCCACCACUUUGCGGCCAACUUCUUGGACAUCUUCAGCCUGGAGGUCAGCCGGGUGUUCAUGUCCGACUCGCCCACCAAGUACAACAUCGUGCCCUUCGUGGGGCUGCAGAACUGCCACGUGCCCUACGGGCGAGACGUCACCCAGCGGAAGGAGGAGACCUCCACGGAGUCGCUGGACAGCAUGGACCACCCCUUGGGUGCCCACAGGUACCUGAGCCCGUCGCAGCAGGCGCAGGCGCGCAAGGUGUCCUCCUACGGCCAGUCCCGCAGCUCGGAGGACGUGUCCGUCCACGCCACCUCCAAGCCCAAGUUCAAGAAGGGCUUCUCACUGAGGAACAUGAGCUUGUGCGUGGUGGACGGCGUCAAGGAGAUGUGGCAUCGGAAGUCCUCUCCGGAGCCGGGCACCGAGGCCACGCAGGGCGGCAGGAGGGCCGAGAGGGAGCCGUGGCCGGCGGGGAGCAAGGAGCACGGCGACCCCCGGGAGAAAUGGACCCACAAGCUGCGGCUUUCCAAGGCGCAGUCCUCCAAGGUGGAGCUGGUGGACAUCCAGAGAGAGGGGACCCUCCGCUACAUGGUGGCCGACGACACGAACUGUGUGGGGAGCUCGCAGUGGCAGAAGUGCCGCCUGCUGCUCAGGAAGGCAGUGAAGGUGGAAGGGGAGAGGUUCCUGCUGGAGUUUUACGUCCCCCCGAAGGCUUCCAAACCAAAGGUGAGCGUCCCGCUGUCGGCGAUCAUCGAGGUCCGGACGACCAUGCCCUUGGAGAUGCCCGACAAGGACAACACCUUCGUGCUGAAGGUGGAGAACGGCGCGGAGUAUAUCCUGGAGACCAUCGACUCCCUCCAGAAGCACUCCUGGGUGGCGGACAUCCAAGACUGCAUCGACCCCGGGGACAGCGGGGACGACAUCGAGCUCGCCGCCUGCGCGCAGGCAGCCUGCCUGCCGGGCCGGGCGGCCUCCUGCAGCUGCGAGUUUCUGGCUGACGAUGUGCACAGGCCGCCCGACAGAUGUGCCAUGCCCAGCACUCACAACGCUGCCUCUGCCGCCACCACGGCCACCGUCAUCGCUGCGCCCCACGGCCGGGCCAGGGACUCGGUGGGGGAGCUGCUGGCCCAUGUCCCGCUGGAGAGCUUCCUGCAGACCCUGGAGUCUCCCGGCACCGCCGGCGGGCACCCGGCAGGGGAGGAUAGCGAGACAGAAGUGGAGAUCAACCUCUCCGACUUCCCCUGGUUUCACGGGACUCUGUCGCGGAUCAAGGCAGCUCAGCUGGUGCUGCUGGGGGGCACCAGGAGCCACGGCUUGUUCGUCAUCCGGCAGAGCGAAACGCGGCCGGGGGAGUACGUGCUGACCUUCAACUUCCAGGGGAAAGCCAAGCACCUGCGGCUGUCGCUGAACGAGAGCGGGCAGUGCCACGUGCAGCACCUCUGGUUCCAGACCAUCUUCGACAUGCUGCGCCACUUCCACACGCACCCCAUCCCGCUGGAGUCGGGCGGCGCGGCCGACAUCACGCUCCGCAGCUACGUGGUGGCCCAGAGCCCGCUGCCGGACGCCGGCCCCCCGCCAGCCCCGGCCUCGCAGCAGCCGGGCUGCCGGCCCGACCUGCCGCCCCCGCACUACUUCUGCGGCACGUCCUCCGCCGGACCCCCGGCCCCGCCGCCCGCCGAGGGGGUGGCCGCCGCCGGCCCCCCGCCCUACCACCGCCUGGAAGGUGCUCGGAGCCGCAGCGACAGCGCCGAGCGCCGGCCGGAGCCCCCCGCCGCCAGCGCCGAGGACUACCACGACGCCGACGGCGCCCGGAGCCGGACCCGGGCCGUGGAGAACCAAUACUCCUUCUACUGACCCCGCGCCCGGGGCUGGCUGGCGGGGCGCGCACCGCCCCCCCGGGUGCCCCGAGCUGCCGAGCCGGACUCGCCGCCAGCAACCCGGCCGCGAGCCGCUCCCGCCGCUCUGCGGAGCGACGUCCGCGGCAGGCGCUGUGCCCGCGCUCGGGGCUGGGAGGCUGGAAACAUCCACACCGUUCGGGAGGCUGCGGAGCCUGCGGUGGCGGCCGGGAGGCGGCCGGGGCCGAGCAGGGCUCCCGGGGGCCGCUCGUGCUGGGCCGGCAGUGCAAAGCCUUGAGGUGCUCCUUGCUCCAGCCAAGCACCUCGGCUUGGGGCCAGAGCGAGGCCAAUGUCCUCGACGUGGCCGAUGUCCCCCGAGUCCUGCAAGUGAGCAGCCGCAGGGCUCUGGCGUUUCAGGAUGCUCCAAGAAACGAGAGGUGCAGCCAGGCGCGCGCACGGGUCCGCCAGCCCCCGCGCUCGCCCUCCGCCACUGCUGCGGGAGCCGUAAGGGGCUGAUCCAGGCCAGCUUCCCGAGGCCCCGACUAAGUGCGUCAGCUCUCCGCCAGGAGACCUGUGAAUGUCCCCCGUUGGAGGAAGGCUUUUCCUGCUCUCCUGCUAUUUCCGUUCCUUCAGCCUUUUCUUCCUCACUGGAGCUACAGAGAGUCCCUGAAUAACCCUUCUCGUCCUCCUCUCCUGCAGUUUUUCAAACCUAAGCUCUCUGCAAGGGUGUCAGCUCAGCCGCUUGCCUUUUUGCUGCCAUGGCUAGGCAAUAAUGUCCAUCGCUUGAUGGCACACCUUGACAAAUGUGACAGUGAGCCCACGCUGCAUCAGUGGCCUCGUUUCCGGAGGUAAUGGGCAGGUGCCCCGCUGGGCUCCCAAGAAAGGAAAACACUACGGAUCUUCAGUGGAUGCUUUUGAAGAUUUUUUUUCUUAUAGAAAUUGAAAUACCCAGGAAGAGCAAGAGGAACGGGGCUGCUUCCUGGAGGCUUGGCAGCUAAAUGAAACGGAGGGGUCAGGUCAGGGCGACUGUGGACAGCUGGGAUUUCCCUCCCCGGCAGAGGCUCAGCCGGGAGGGGUAAACCCAGCCGGUGGACAGCUAUCACUGCCUUCCCUCUGGGUCUCUCGAGCCCUUAGGAGCAGGUUUAUGGGCCAGGAUGUUCAUGAGGAUUAUUUGCUUCACAUGGGGUGAGAGACCCUCCUAAAGGGCAGCUUCGCUUGCAGAUGGCCACAGCAGAGGCACAUCCCUCCCAGUUUGCCUCUUCCGCACCAUGGGGGGCUUGGAGCUGGCUGGUGGGUCUCCAUGGACAGCAGAGCCCACCACCACCACGAGACAGAUGCCCUGUUGCAUAGCUGUGCCCAGCCAGAAGGUAUCCUGAGGGCAGGGAUGGUACGAGCAGAGCCAGAAUCUGGCUCAAGACCACUUGAAUUUGCCUGGAGAGUUGUUCCAUUGGGCAGUUUUGGGUUGGGUUGGGCUUUCUCUUUUUUUUUAGGUGCCUUCUUCCUCGAGCUAGCAAAGCUUGUGCCAGCUGCCCUGCCUGAGCCUAACUUGUCUCUCCCCCUUCAUGGGGGCAGGGAACAUGUCUUGGAGGCUCCUAGUCUCUCCUGCUGUGUAAGAGCUGCUAUUGUGGCAGGCUGGACGUGAGGGUGGCAGCCAGGAGGAGGGCUGGGAAGUCUCAUUCCUGCUGCAAAUGCCCCCAUCACCCCAAUAUGCAGCCGUUGCAGCUGGCUGCGGUAUGUGCCCUUGCUCAGCACAGCUACCAGCUUGGAGGCGUCCAGAGGAGCCUGCGCAGCUCUCAGGAUGCUACAGAGCACUGCAGGAAGAGGCCAGAUGCUCUUGGUCCUUGGGUUUAAUGUGGGCUUGCUUCCUUCACAUGCACAUGGGAGGAGCACUGGAUGUGGCAUAGACAUCAUCACUCUUGGUCUCCGCCAAGGUCCCAACAGACCAGGUGUUGUGGAUGGGAGCACUGCCUUAGAGACCUUUGCGUCUUGGCUGGUUUUUAGUCUUCUGCAUCACAGGAUAGGAAAAGGAUGGGGGAGCAAUGAUCUGCAAGCAAAAAUGUUAAUUUGUAAAUAAGGAAGAGUCUGGAAGAGUUUACUGUUCUGUAGAAUAAAUUAAUUUUAUUUUAAAAAGUGACUUGCUAAAAAUUGGAGAACUUGAGUUUCAGUUUUGAAAUAAAACCACUCACAAAAAGAACAGCACAUUAACAA